UUGGGUUGUGGCCGCGUAGUCGGCUCUCUUCCCCUCAAAACCCCCAUUCCCCCAGCCCCUUCUCUCCCUCUUUCGUCUCUUCACUUCUCUCCCUCUCUCUCCAGAGAAGUGAAACUUCCCGAGAAAUUCACCGCUUGAUUUUCUCGGUAUCCAAACGGAAAAUAAAAAUUCGGAAAGAGAAAGAAAAAAUAAAAAUGUCGCACGCCGUGUUCCAGACGGCUCAAAUCAUGCCGAUAAACAUGCAGCUACCGACGAAGCCGAAGCUGGCGGUUCUGCCGACCCAGCUUCGGAUGAUGGAGCGGAGGGGUCUGGUGCUGAAGGCGAAUUGCUUGCCGUCACCGUCUACUUCCGAUGCUGUGGACGGAGACUCCAUGGCCAUGAUGGAGCGCUGCUUCGCGGGGCCGUCGGCCCCCGGCGGUUUGGGUCCGGUUAUGAAGGGACAGUAUGGUGCGUUUGGUGCGGUUACUCUUGAGAAGGGCAAGCUCGAUAUGUCUCAGAAGCAAUCCAAGUCUAGCCCCGAGACUGCAAUUGGGGGAGGCGGUGGAGAUAUUGGAAAGAGAAUAAAUAAUGGUGGUGGUGAUGGAGGUGAUGAUGGUGGUGAUGAUGAUGAUUAUUUUGAUGACUUUGAUGAUGGCGAUGAGGGAGAUGAAGGUGGUCUGUUUAGAAGCCGGAUGUUUCUUGAAGAGCUCUUUGAUCGAAAAUUUGUUGAUGCAGUAUUGAAUGAAUGGCAAAAGACAAUGAUGGAUUUACCUGCUGGGUUUCGGCAAGCUUAUGAAAUGGGAUUGAUCAGCUCUGCUCAAAUGGUUAAAUUCUUAGCGACCAAUGCAAGGCCGACCACUACUAGGUUUAUUUCUCGUGCGCUUCCUGAUGGAAUAUCAAGGGCAUUCAUUGGCAGAAUGCUUGCAGAUCCUGCCUUUUUAUAUAGGUUUCUGUUAGAGCAGGCUGCGACAAUUGGUUCCUCGGUGUGGUGGGAGUUAAAGAAUCGUAAGGGCAGGAUAAAACAAGAAUGGGAUUUGGCGCUUAUAAAUGUACUCACAGUAACAGCAUGCAAUGCUAUUGUUGUUUGGUCACUUGCUCCUUCUCGUUCAUAUGGGAACACAUUCAAGUUUGAUUUGCAAAAUACGUUACAAAAACUCCCCAACAAUGUAUUUGAGAAGAGCUACCCACUGAGGGAAUUUGACCUGCAAAAGAGAUUUCACUCUUUCUUCUACAAGGCUGCUGAGUUAUGUAUGGUUGGACUAUCUGCUGGAGCUGUGCAAGGUUCUUUAUCAAAUUUUUUGGCCAAUAAAAAGGAAGGAAGGUUAUCUGUGACGAUCCCAACUGUCAAAGCAAAUGCGCUCGGUUAUGGUGCCUUCCUCGGACUAUAUGCGAACCUGAGGUAUCAGCUAUUAUGUGGAUUUGACAGAGCAAUGGUGAACCAUUUUGAUGUUAUUGGGGUCGCCCUGUUUUUUAGCACGACACUGAGGAUUUUGAAUGUGCAAUUAGGAGAGAGAUCAAGGUUGGCUUGGCUUGGGGUGGAGGCUGAUCCACUUGUUCACUCUGAUGAUCUUUUGAAGGUAUACAGUAGGCCUUCUGAAAAUAUUGAUCAGCCGUCUUCAAAAUGGUUUAUAUCAAAGAAUGCCAUCGUUUCUGGGCUUGGGCUCCUCGGCAUCAAACAGGGAAAUGCCGACUCUGUUGCUGAUGGGGAAUCAUCAACACCUAAGACACGCAGAAAGAGGAUUGUCCGGAAGAAGGUGACUGCAAGUUCAGCGUAGUUUAAUUGAAUGUAAUCAUUGACAGAGUCCAAUUUUGUUGCCCGAGGGAGUUACAACUUGCUCGCGAAACUGUUACGCAAGUGGAGCUUAAGAGGUGUUUGUGCAGAAAUUUCUGGCAUCUCUGGUAAGGAGAGAAGAUUUAUAAUCUUUAGUUGCUUUAUAUAGCGUCCCUUCUCUUGAUUGCAAGUGCACUGCACUGCCAUGUUUACCUUGAAAUUUUAGUAAAUUAGAAGCUUUAAUUUAUUUUUUUAGCUAAAAGCGCAUUUUUUGAAAGAUUUUUAGCUGUUUGUAAUUUCAGCCGUGCUAGUUUGUCACAUUACUGAAAAAUUCAAUAAUUCAGAGUUUACUUAUUUGGAAGUA